GUGAGAUAAACUGUGACUCCAAAAUGUCACCUGGGCUCCAGACAGGUCUGGACAGGUCCAGAUUCAAUUAACCAAAAACAUUAUUAACUAAUAAAAAUAUGUUAAUAAUAUACAAGUAAUUUCUUAUUAAAAUUUACAAGUGUGUAUUUAUUUAAACAAAGAUAAUAUCGACUAUUUUAUCUUAAAUCAUUUAAUUUUAAUCAACGGCAACAAGAAUAUUAUGGCAUCAAUGAAAAUAAGUGCAUGCGAAAUCUACAAUGAAUACGAUACAAAGUACUACACACUUUACAUUGAAUGGCUGGAUUCAUCACAUUUUACAGUCCUGUUAAUGGAACCAUCCAUGCCACCACUCUGUGGUAAGAUGGACACCAAAGAUGUAAAUUACUUUUGCGAAGAAUUAUCUAAAUCAUCCACAGAAUAUCUUGAAGAGACAGAGAAGAUACUUUGCGGCAAGGACCAAGAGAUUCGAUUUUUCAUUAAAAACACAGCAUUAGAAUGGAAGAGAGGUGUAUGGAUUCUUGGAAGAAUUGAGUUGCACUCCGAUUUGGAUGUUACAAUUAUUUUGGAGCAUUUCCAACGAUCGUUGAAAUUCUAUCGAAAUAUUCAGGACAAAUUGAGUGUGUUAGAAGAAGAAAAUAAAAAUUUAAUGGACGUUAAAAAGAAGCUAUGUUCGGAUAUAGAAAAGAUGAUAGAAGUUAAAAAUAGUGUAGAGCAGGAUAUGUAUAAAAAAUUUAUAUUAAUUUUAAAUUCAAAGAAAGCGAAAUUGAGAGAAUUAAAAGACUCGAUAAAGAUGAAACAAGAUACCAAAGAUUCAGUUUUUGCCGUGUCCACGGAUGAGAGUUCAGAAUCGGAUGAAGAAAAUAAUAAAACAAAUAGUAGGUGUACGAUAGACACUACAUUUGGAAAACGAAAGUCUAUCGGUAAUAAUAAUUCUGCGAGCAUGCAAAAAGUUAGAAGAACAUAUUCUACUGUAAAUAAAGAUUGCAUAAUUAAGCAGGAAAUAAGUGAUACAGCAUUUACUGCUAAAGAUUCUAUGAACAAUACGAAAGGUAAAUCGAACAAUUGUGCUGCAGAAGAAAAUAAAAUCAAAGCUACAAAUGAACAGCAAGGCUCCACUUCUGAAACUAGAAAGUCAAGUAGUAGAUUGAAUUUUAUUGAAGAUGAAUCUGACGAAGAAUUAUUUUCUUAAUAAUAGAAACAUAUAUAUAAAUCAUUUUUUACUUUGUAGAUAAUACAAUUGGUGAUCACAAAUUAUUGCCUACAUUUUGAAUGUAGCUAAAUGACUUAAUCAUUGUCUAUUGAAAUCAUUUAUUAUUUUACUUGAUAAACGCAUAUAUGAAAUAUUUUGUAAGAUACAUUGUAUCGUACAAAAUUUCCAGUUCAGAAGUUGAACCUUAUUAAAUUGUAUAUAAAAGUCCUUUUUAUGAAAACAAUUACUAUUUCUUACGUAAAUACGUAAAUAGAUGCAGAAUUAUACAUAUGUAUGUAUGUAUAUGUAAAAAAUGAGAGAUUGCUGCUGUAAUUCCAAACAUUAUUUUUACUAUUUCUAAACGAGUAGAAGUAACAUUUUUUUGUUGCGAAUGUUGCAAAAUCUGUAAGUUCCACUGAAGACAUAGCUCCUGAAACAUUAAAAAUGGCCCAUCAAAAUUGAUCUUAAGGUGUUUUCAAGAAUCAAGCAUAGCUUAAAGUAGCGUAACAAGGAAAUUAAGCGAAGCAAACUAUUCGCAACGCAGAAAUGUUACUUAGAUGUUGGAAAUGGGUGGUACGAAGAGCAACGGAUCCUCACUUCAUCCGUAUUGUAAUGGAUACGCUACUCAAUGCUACUGAACAACAUUUUUAGAUUUAGGAGGCAGAAAAUGGUCAAAUCAUUUACUAAGACAGACUUGUACGGACAAAAAUGUACGGUUUGGCCUGGAGGAAUCACCUGACCAAUUUCCGUUGAAAAUGAUCUCUGAUUUUAUGAAUAUGAUUAUGAUAAAUGAUUUUAUGUUCUUACCUUAUUAAGAUGGUUAAUUACCUUAACAUUUCACUUACAACGCGUGCACAAAAGGUAUUUCCCAGGACCUCGUGCGCAAAACAGGUUGUUGUGGAAGUUAUGAUAGUUAGCACCACUGUCGCCAGUGUUCUACGAUGGAAAAUAAAACAGAACAAUAGCAUUGAUUAGCUUCUCUAAUAUGGGGGUAAAUCGCAAUUUGUAAAUGAAUACUAAUGCAAAUAAGAAACAUUGUGAAAUAUUUUUGUAAAAAUAAUUAGAAUUUUAUUUAAUACAGACAUAUUUUCGUUAAAAAUAUCGAAACAUUUUCUGUCCCUUCAGGAGAUUCCCCUAGAUGCAUAAUUCCCCCAAUUAGUGUUAAUUUUUGGGGGAAUUAUGCAUCUAUUGUUUCUUUUUUAUUGAGUAAUUUAUUUGAACCAGCUGGAACCAGUGCAAAUACAAACAGAUUUAGACUGAUAUUCCAAUUUAAAGCUGUAAUUUCAAGCUUGCUAUUCGUUUACGUAAUUAGAGAAGAAAGAUGGAUGCUAAAUAAUACGUAAUAAAUAAAGUAUCAGCUAAGGAAUUAUUUUUUGUAAGAUAAAUUUAGGUUUGAAAUAUUUCCUGUUAGUAUUAAUAGAGAAACGUCGACACGAAACUCUUGCAAGUCGAUUUCUCUCGCAACCAUAAACGUUUGAUAUUUCCAAAUGCCAUAAUUCCCAGUGCAUCUUCGAAAACGAUCGCUAUUCUUCGCAAUCCGUUAUACUUACACGGUUCAGCCUCAUUAGUAUUUCCAUCGGGCGGGCGUCUAUUAUGUCCCCGAUGUUUGUAUUCCCACUUUUAUUCUGAUCAUCCCAGUGGCUCUCAAUUAGGUGGAAUACUCUCUUAGUGAAGAUGAUAUGCGUAUCAGAAUAUUCCAAUUCAAGGAAAAUAAAACUGCGAUACAUUGGAAAUGAUUGCAAUUUAAGAAAAUUGGAAAUUUAUAGUGAAGUAAAAUAAUAGAAUUCAAGAUGAAUAAGAAGUUUUUUUGUAUACCAACAAUAAUGCAAUUUCAGAUGAAGGAAAUUCCAAUAUAUAUUGGGAUAUUGCAAUUUAAGAAGAUGGAGUUUAUA